AUGAAUGAAAUUCAUAUCCAUGAGGAAAUUAUGGAAAUUGAUAUUGUACAAAGAGACUUCACACCAUUCUUGGUGGUUAGAAAAUUUUGUAUAAUUGAACUUCCUCUGAAAAAUUCAUCAGAUACAAACAGAUUGGUAAAUACAAUUUCAUUGUUAUGUGAAAGAUUAUUAGCUCUUAAUUGUAUUAUUAAAGAAAAUAUAUGCAAAAUUAAUCAAUUUAAUAUUGACAUAGAUAAAACUUACACCACUCCACCAGAUAAGGGAACUCGAAUUUAG